GAGGAGCCCGUCUCGGCGGCUGCGGAAGCGCCGCAGAUCCGGACCUACGGGGCGCCGACCUGCCAGUCGCGGACCCGAAUCACCACGGCUCUCCCCCACCCCCUGCCCGCAGCUCCUCUCCUCCGGCCCAGACACCCUCACGCCGGCGCACUGUUCGCCCAGGUGGAGCCCAGCUCCGUCAGAGCGGCUGCGAGUGUGCGGCGACCGUGCCGGCCCCGGGGAGCCGAACCCGAGGUGAAACCUGAGCGCCGAGGGCAGCCCAGCGCCCGCACAGAGGAGGCAGCCCGGAGGCGGGCCGCGGCGCUGCGGAAGGAGUGCCGAGCGCGCCCGCGGGGCCUGCGGAGUGGGUCGCAGCUGUCGGGGGCCUUCCGGGGCGGGCCGCGCCGGGGCCUGCCCGGAGGGGCCGGUGUGCGGGGCGCCGGGGCGGGGGACGGCGGGCAGGCAGUGCGCCGGGCAGCUCCCGGCCGGCGGCCAUGGCGGCGGCGGCUCUGGGGGCCCGGGGGGCGACGCGGCGCUGGGCGGCGCUGCGGGGUUGGAGCCCCGGCCUCGCGGCCAUGUCAGCAGAUGCUCACUUGUUGACAACAGAGGAGAGGAACCAAGUUAUACUCGACCUUAAAGCAGCAGGAUGGUCAGAAUUAAGAGAGAGAAAUGCCAUCUACAAAGAGUUCUCCUUCAAAAAUUUUAAUCAGGCCUUUGGCUUUAUGUCUCGAGUUGCUCUACAAGCAGAGAAGAUGAAUCAUCACCCGGAAUGGUUCAAUGCCUAUAACAAGGUCCAGAUAACUCUCACCUCGCACGACUGUGGUCAACUGACCAAAAGAGACGUGAAACUGGCCAAGUUUAUUGAAAAAGCAGCUGCUGCUUUGUGAUUUCUUUCAAAAUGCUUGUAAAAUCUUAUACACAUCUUAGGUGUAAUGUACUUUGAGGGUGAUUUACAUGAACAAAUUAAGCUGAAAAUUUAGUUCACCUUUCUACCACAUUUUGUAAAAUCAUUGCUUAAAUACAAAAUGAUUUAAAUUUGA